AUGACGCCGGCGAGCAUGGUUGGCAUGCCCAAGAGCCCCCGGUCUAUGGCGUUCUCGGCGGCUGCCGCGCCGUUCGGGGAGCGGAGGAAGGCCCGGUUCUGCGUCGCGGCGUCCGGCAGGGACGAACAGCAUCAGCCGGCGCUACCGUCGAUGGCUGCCGUGCCGGCGUCGCUGCGCGCGAUCCAGGCCAAGAGGAAGGUGGCGGCGGCGCGCGGGGUGCCGCGGGCGUCGAGCGCCGCCGGGUGCGCGGUGGCGGCGCUGGCCGCGGCCGUGGAGGCGGUGCAGGGCGCGGCGGUCGGCGGAGCCUCGGGCGCCGCGCGCGGUGCCGGGGACGCCGUGGCCUGGGUCUUCCAGAAGGUGCACUUCGAGUCUCCCGACCUCGCCGUGGGCCUGCUCGGCCUCGUCGCGUCAUGCCUCGGCACGGCCGUGGAGAUGGAGAUGGAGCGGAUGAGGGCCAGGGAGGCCGAGGCGUCGGCCAGAAAGACGGAACCCGUUGCCAGUGCCGCCGACGCCCAGGACGAUGACCACUGCGACGACGCGGAGGAGGCCGACGAUGUGCCAAUGCUGGUGGGGCUGGACCUGGAGAAGGAGCUCUGGGCCAGGAUCGGCAUCCAGCAUGGCGACGACGACGAUAACAUGCCGCCGAUGGGCGUGGACGAGGACGAGCAGGAGGCCAUCAACAUCGCCCGCGCCGAGCUGCGCAAGGCCUCGUACGAGCGGAUCAUCGCCACCUCCGAGGCCAACUCGCUCAUCCUCUCCAACUACGCGCAGCUCCUCUACGAGUUCGACAAGGAUCUCGACAGGGCUGAGGACUACUUCAAACGUGCCGUGGCCAUCGAGCCGCCUGACGGCGAGGCGAUGCGGAGAUACGGCAUGUUCCUCUGGCAAGCCCGCGGCGACCUCGUCGGCGCAGAGGACAUGUUCACCGGCGCCAUCGACGAGGAUCCGGACAGCAGCCACCACCGGAGCAGCUACGCGUGGUUCCUCUGGAUGACCGGCGGCGUUGAGACCUGCGUCAUCGACUCCGGCAGCAACAACGACCCCGAGUGA